CCAGGCCCGCGGUCCCCGCCCGCGUCCGCCCCGUCCCGGCCCGCGCGCCCCGCCGCUCCCGCCAGCCAUGAGCUCCACGCAGUUCAACAAGGGGCCCUCGUACGGGCUUUCGGCCGAGGUCAAGAACCGGCUCCUGUCCAAAUAUGACCCUCAGAAGGAGGCCGAACUCCGCAGCUGGAUUGAGGGUCUCACUGGCCUCUCUAUCGGCCCUGACUUCCAGAAGGGUCUGAAGGAUGGGAUUAUCUUAUGCACACUCAUGAACAAACUGCAGCCAGGCUCAGUCCCCAAGAUCAACCGCUCCAUGCAGAAUUGGCACCAGCUAGAAAACCUCUCCAACUUCAUCAAGGCCAUGGUCAGCUACGGCAUGAACCCUGUGGACCUGUUCGAGGCCAAUGACCUGUUUGAGAGUGGGAACAUGACGCAGGUGCAGGUGUCUCUUCUGGCCCUGGCGGGGAAGGCCAAGACCAAGGGGCUGCAGAGCGGCGUGGACAUCGGCGUCAAGUACUCGGAGAAGCAGGAGCGGAACUUCGAUGACGCCACCAUGAAGGCGGGCCAGUGCAUCAUCGGGCUGCAGAUGGGCACCAACAAAUGUGCCAGCCAGUCGGGCAUGACGGCGUACGGCACGCGGCGGCAUCUCUAUGACCCCAAGAACCAUAUCCUGCCACCCAUGGACCACUCAACCAUCAGCCUGCAGAUGGGCACAAACAAAUGUGCCAGCCAGGUGGGCAUGACAGCUCCUGGGACCCGGCGGCACAUCUAUGACACCAAGCUAGGGACCGACAAGUGUGACAACUCCUCCAUGUCCCUACAGAUGGGUUACACACAGGGUGCCAACCAGAGCGGCCAGGUCUUUGGCCUGGGCCGGCAGAUAUAUGAUCCCAAGUACUGCCCACAAGGCCCGGCGGCCGAUGGGGCCCCACCAGGUGCUGGCGACUGCUCAGGCCCUGGGGAGGCCCCGGAGUAUCCCCCCUACUACCAGGAGGAGGCCGGCUACUGAGGCGCCCGUGCAUGCUGUCUCCCCACAUCAUCAUCCUAUCUGGGUUUUUGGGUUUUUCUGUGUUUUUGCCUUUUUUUUCUUUUUUAACAUGUUCAGUGCUGCCAACCGAGGGUCUCUGGGCAACUGGGUGGGAUCAGGCGGCAGAUCCCACCUGCCUUGCAGGACUGAGCCACCAGGCUGAGGGUGAAGGGGCCCCAUCCAGAUGCCUGUGGGGUGGGGGUAGGGGUGGUCCCUGCUGCGGGACAGGCAGGCAGUGAGCUGAGCCAGGCUGAGGUGGGCUGAACUGAGCCGUGUGGGGCAGGAGAGACCUGCACAGGGAGGGGAACUGGCCCCCAAAUGGUUUCCGGUUUCAACUCCUUCUCUUCCCUUUUGUCUACCAAUCAGUUUGUGGUUUCUGUACCCACAGAAGUUUCAGGAAGUUUUAACGAAAGAAAAAUAUUUUUUUCCCCAAGGGAAUGGGGCGGGGAUGGUGGAGGCGUGCUGGGAAGUGGGUCCCCUGGGAGGCAGCCAGGCCACAGGCCUAAAUUAUUUUGGGAUCCUGAGCAACUGGAUUUCCUUAGGACCCUCAGGCCAACGACCCUGAGCUGGCCUAGAGAUCCCGUGGGGAAACUGAGGCCCAUGCACGACAAUGGAGUUCUGAGUGGUUAAGGCAAAGCCAGACCCCCCACCAACUCCUGCUCCCACCCCCUGUGGAGACUAAUUAGGGUUUUUUUGUUUGUUUUGU